GCGUCCUUUAGGCUUCAUUCAUCGCCAUGAGUUCCAAGCGGUCAAAGAGGAGAAAGGAAGCGAAGAACAAAGAGGUAAAAAAGGAUUUGACGCCGCAGUUCAUCAAUUGUGAUCUGGCAGACAACAAGUACGCUGGGAUCAUCCGAGAGGACCUCCUCGGGUCACAGUUUCUGGAGGGAACCGCCUCCACAUACACUUGGUCAUCUGGAACCAAAUACGAAGGGCCUUUUGUGGCGAGUCAGAUCGAAGGUCGUGGAACGUUUGUUUGGAAUGACGGAUCAAAGUACGAGGGCGAGCUGCUUGGUGGACGUCGCAAUGGCGAAGGGUGCUAUCAGUCUCAUGACGGCAAAACGCGCUAUGAUGGCCAGUGGCUCCACGGCAAGCGGCAUGGGCAAGGGAAGCUCACAUACAGCUCCGAUGGCCCUUCCUUCUAUGACGGCGGCUGGCAGGCUGGACAGAAGCAUGGCUAUGGCAAACAGUUGUGGCCGAGUGGAAAUUGCUACGAAGGUGAGUGGAAGCUGGGCAAAAUGCACGGCUACGGCACCAUGAUUUGGAAGAACGGGAAUAGUGCCGAGAUCUACACUGGUGAAUGGGUAGAGAACUGUCCACACGGUGAAGGGACGCAUACCUGGCUCACACUUGACCGGCCAGAUUCGACGACAGAGAGCUGGCUCAAUCAGCCAUCACCUCCACCGUCUGCUGGCCAGGGUGCUCGGAACUCUGGAAUGGUGCCUCCACAGGAACUUCGACGCCAUGAGGCACAGAUGCAUGCUACGCAGCAGCUGAACAACCGCUACACCGGCCAAUGGGUUUGGGGCAGACGUCAAGGUGUUGGAACGUUCUACUACGCAAACGGAGCAUACUACAGUGGGGAAUGGAAAAACAAUGUCAAAGAGGGACAUGGUCGUCACACCUUUGACGAUGGAAAAGUCUAUGAUGGGAAAUUUGAGGCUGAUCGUAUGGUGGACUACAGCAAGCCGGAGCUUUCCAAAGAAGAAAAUCCUGUUUGUGGCUGCACAGAUAUUUCCGACCUUGAAGUCAUUCUCAGGCCAGCGGACAGGAUUGGAUUGGCAAAGGCGCCACUUAUUGGCUUUGCUGAGCCUGCCAAGAUGUUGAAGGGAAUCUUCAAUGUACUUUUAAGGUAUUUGGGAGACUUGCGAGAGGCCUAUUCUCGGUCGCGAGCAGUCCAACCACUUCUUGGGGAGGACCCGCACAUCAUUACUCUCGUCCAAUUCUGGAGUUUGGCAAGAGAUGCUGGUGUCCUCACGCCAAACAGUUCCAUAGCCCGGUUUGAUCGAGCAGUUUUCUCCGGACCAAGGCACCAGAGCGAGAUGGCGCCUCAAGAUUCGAAGGACAUUUGUCCCCUCACACCUCGGCGUCAAUCGACUCAGCCUGGGAGACCUGGGUCGAAGGACUCCACCAUGACUAGGCACAGAACUUCCAGCACUGGAGAGAGCAAAUCCAUAGAGGAUGAGAUUCCCUUCCAUCAGGAGGACGACCAAGCAGAUCUCGAUGCCUGUCUGGAGGAAAUUUGUGUAGCCAUCGACUCCCCCGGAGGAAGCAGCAGCCUCGGCGGGAAGUAUUUGAGGAAAUGUACGGCAGAUGGAGAUUUGGUGCACAUCCAUGCUCCUGCUCGACCACUGCUGUUUCGACAUUUCUUGGAGAGUUUCGUUCGAAUGGCUCCUAUGCGUUUUCCUCAUGAACCUGGCCUGGAGCAGCAGGUUCAACGCCUCUUCAAGGAGCAGGUAAUGCCUGCACUGAAGAACGUUGCAUCGCACAAGUCUGAAGGAGGAGGACUGAUCAGCAUGCUGGCCAACUUCCGUCGCCCAACAAGCUCUGUCUUCGGUCUGUUUACACAGCCUGAAGUGCGCGAAGUGGUGUACGAGUUGGAGCCCGUCAUGUGGAACAUUUUCGUGGAUCUGUCUGGAGAUCCAUUGGCCAAAGAGGCUGUGGGUACCAUUCCCGGUGGUGGCAUUUUUGCUGGUGGUGGCGGCCUUGGAGCAAACCCGUCAAACCAGGUGCCACGAUUGCGAGGUCCUGAAAAGAGACAAAGACAACUUUCUCAGGAGGAUCUUGCUUCUUCGUGCCCUGCAAAAGCUGUUCGCUGUGGUGACUGGGCUGCCCCUUCGAGACAGCUUCACGUGGCAGCGCGCCUCAAUGUCGGAGUUCGCAUUAAGGACGUACUCAGAUUCCUCGAAAUGCUGGGCUUUUUGGAUGAUACUCAGAUAUUGAAGGACCAGAGCAGGCCACUUUGCGAGGUACUUUCAGGAAGUGAAGGCGAUCCCGUGAAUAAUCUGCUGGGGCCGGUGGGCAGUGGUUUGUCCCAAGAAGAGCCUGUAGAAGAAGAGAUUGUGAGUGAGGAUGAUGAGGGUUCUGGUGGUAGCGUUGCGCCCGAAGAGGAUGAGGAUAGGAAGCAGCUGCCUGGUCUCUCGAUCAGCUUCAUGCCGAAGGGCUCUUUGCUAGGCGUCCCGCCACCAAACACCAAAGAAGAAAGUAAGCCGAAGAGAAAAGGAGACAAGGAUAAGAAGGACAAGAAAGAAGAAAAGGAAGUUCGGACACCAGCAGAAGAUCUGGCUUGUAUCAAUCUCACAAUUGAUGCCAUAGACGCUUUGCGAAUCAUGGCGCAGGUCCUCGCACCAUCAUCUCUUGAGAUGCUACGGUGGCAUUCAGGGCAAGAUGGGGCAGAGGUGCAUGAGAUUGACGAACACGUUUCCAUUUUGGAGUUCGUGGAGUCAGAAGUUGUCUUCGCUGAGUUUUUGCGCUUUUGGUUUCUCAUGGCGGAGCUUACCACUCGGAGGGACUACAAGUUCUGUCGCGGUAUUUCUCUCACAAGCCGUUUGGAUCUCUUCCUGCGCACAGUGAUCUCUCACUGCCAAAUCGGCAAUCGAUAUAUGCCGCCGGAUACGUCCCCUCCCGCAGUAAGUGAAAAGCCAGAGAAGGCCAAGCCAAGGAACUCUCUCAGACCGGAGACUGUGGUUGAAGAAGCACCAGAGAUCCCAGGCUUGCCAGAGACCAAAGUGGACAUAGAGAAGAAGGUACAACCUGAGCACUGGAUGGGAUUCGAUGGUGAUGAUACUUAUGCGCCUCGAAGGUGGCCAGAUGGCUACGAUGUCCAAGUGGCCGACUGGUGAAUUCAGGUUUAUCUCACUGUGUCACUUGGGUGUCAUACAUGAUACACCCAACCAACUCUGUAUCACCAAAAGAGUGUCACCUGUUCUGAAUCAGCUCCUCUACCCAGAUGUCACCAG